UCCUGAGUGGGUCCUUGUUGAUGCGGGGAGUGGUUAGAGAGCUGCAAUUAGUCGGUGCAAUGCAAAAUGUGCACUGAAAGCAACUGUUAUAUGACCAAGGCUGAGUUAGAACAGUGCUAAUGUUAUUUAUAAAGCGUUGUUUCUCAAACGUUACAAUUGUAUGACAAAGAGCCAGUUACUGAGUUACAGUUUAUAAUCCUUUGUUCUCAACGCGGAUGGAGAAGCCAGCAGAUUCGUUUUACCGACAGCUUCCAAAAGUGGAACUCCAUGCCCACCUCAAUGGCUCCAUCAGUAUUGCCACCAUGGAGAACCUAAUUUCCCGUAAACCACAUCUCAAUAUCCAGCACAGCAUGACUGCCAUCCGUAAGGGUCAGCGCAAGACACUGGAUGAAUGCUUUGAGGUUUUCAAAGUGAUUCAGCGACUAGUAGACACAGAAGAAGACAUUCUCAUGGUUGCCAAAGCUGUGAUUGGUGAGUUUGCUGCAGAUGGAGUGAAGUAUCUGGAGCUGAGGAGCACACCCCGUGAGGAGACACACACAGGUUUAACAAAGAGGAUGUAUGUGGAAACAGUCAUUGAAGCCAUUCGUCAAUGCCAACAAGAAGGUUUGGACAUUGAAGUGAGGUUUCUAGUGGCUGUUGACCGAAGGAAUGGACCUCAGGUUGCCAUGGAGACUGUUAAACUUGCAGAGGAUUUCAUGGUGUCCAGUGAUGGUGUUGUGGUUGGACUGGAUCUCAGUGGUGAUCCGAAGGUUGGUCAUGGAAAGGACCUCUUGCCUGCUCUGCAGAAAGCCAAGAACUGUGGACUAAAGCUUGCUCUACAUCUAUCUGAGGUUCCCUCCCAGAAGGAGGAGUCAGAGUUACUCUUGACCCUGCCUCCUGACAGGAUUGGCCAUGGAACGUUCUUACACCCAGAAGUGGGCGGGUCCCAAAGCUUGGUGGACAAAGUGAGGGAGAGAAAUAUCCCUCUUGAGUUGUGCUUGACUUCCAAUGUGAAGGGUCAAGUGGUGUCAUCCUACGAUAAGCACCAUUUCCUGUAUUGGUACCAGCUGGGACACCCUUGUGUACUGUGUACUGAUGAUAAGGGGGUGUUCAGCACAGAGCUCUCUCAGGAGUACCAGCUGGCAGCCUCCACGUUUGGGCUCAGCCAGGAAGCCAUGUGGGCGCUGUCCCAGCGGGCCAUCGACUGCAGCUUUGCCCCCGAUCACCUCAAGGAGAAGCUGCACCAGAGGUGGGUGUCACUCCAGCCCCAGGUCUUCCGCUGACUGCAGCUGCACCUCAGAUGGGGAUGUCCAGAUGGAUGCCCGCAACCCUCAGGGAAAGGAAUGUCUGUGGAGAAAAACAUGCUGUGUCCAGAUUCUGAAGUACCACAUUCAAAUUGGGGAACAGAAAAGCGGUUCAAUUGACCUGUGGUUUGUUAAAAUAUUUGUCGUACUUCGAUGAAUGUUCCGAUGAUCACCUAAAAGCAGUGUGCUUUAAUAGAUUACAGUAACCCAUAGUAAUUUGUGAAAUACCCAAGUUGAUGCAAUUCUAAUAUAACACUGGUGAGGCUGGUGUUUGUUAUGGCCAGGCAAGCUGAGAACUGCCGAUUUGGGAGCGAGGGAAACCACUGUCAACAGAAGGUAGACCUAGGUGAGCAGGAACACGAAACCCUUUAGAGAUCAAGAAUGGUUUUUACCAGAGAUAACCUUGUGGUUUGGGUCUCAAGACCAUAAAUGUUUUGUACAAAAUUAGAAAAGUAUAAUACUGUACUUCAGGGUAGCACCUGAGAGAGGGAUUAGCAUCACUGGGUGUAGGUCACAUGUUUUUGGGAAAACUAUUAGAGAUUAUGGGGUUUUGUAAUGGAUGUUACAGUUUGAUGUGACAUGAUUUCUCAUAGCUUAGACUAAUACAGAAAAUCUGACAAUUGAUCUUUUCACUAUCAACAGACUAAGCACAAAUAAAAUUAUAGUUUGUUAAUUCAAGUUCAAUGUAUGAACAAGGAAUUAAAGGCUGCAAAA